AUGAGCAGCUUACGAUUCCUCGACCUCGUCAAGCCGUUCGUGCCGUUCCUCCCCGAGGUCCAGCAGCCGGAGACCAAGAUCCCCUUCAACCAGAAGCUCAUGUGGACGGGUCUGACGCUCCUCGUCUUCCUGAUCAUGAGCCAGAUGCCCCUGUACGGCAUUGUCUCGUCCGACACCUCCGACCCGCUCUACUGGCUGCGCAUGAUGAUGGCCUCCAACCGCGGCACUCUGAUGGAGCUGGGCAUUACCCCCAUCAUCUCGUCUGGCAUGGUCUUCCAGCUGCUUGCCGGCACCCACAUGAUCGACGUCAACCUCGACUUCAAGUCGGACCGCGAGCUGUACCAGAGCGCCCAGAAGCUCUUUGCCGUCAUCCUGUCCAUUGGCACUGCCACCGUCUACGUCUUCACCGGCCUCUACGGUCCUCCCUCGGAGCUCGGCGCCGGCAUCGUCUGCCUGCUCAUCCUGCAGCUCGUCACCGCUGGCAUGAUUGUCAUCCUUCUUGACGAGCUUCUGCAGAAGGGCUACGGCCUGGGCAGCGGUAUCUCGCUGUUCAUUGCCACCAACAUCUGCGAGUCCAUCAUGUGGAAGGCGUUCUCGCCCACCAGCAUCAACACUGGCCGUGGCCCCGAGUACGAGGGUGCCGUCAUUGCCCUCUUCCACCUGCUGCUCACGUGGCCGAACAAGCAGCGCGCGCUGCAGGAGGCUUUCUACCGCCAGAACCUGCCCAACGUCAUGAACCUGCUGGCCACCCUGGCCAUCUUUGCGGCCGUCAUCUACCUGCAGGGCUUCCGCGUCGAGAUCCCCGUCAAGUCGUCGCGCCAGCGUGGUGCCCGCGGCUCGUACCCGGUCCGCCUGUUCUACACGUCCAACAUGCCCAUCAUGCUGCAGUCGGCUCUGUCGUCCAACAUCUUCCUCAUCUCGCAGAUGCUGUACUCGCGCUUCUCCGAGAACCUGCUGGUCCAGCUCUUUGGUGUCUGGGAGGCCAAGGACGGCACCGCCCAGCUAUCUGCCACCUCGGGCCUGGUCUACUACAUGUCGCCCCCACUCAACUUCAAGGACGCGCUCCUGGACCCCAUCCACACCGUCGUGUACAUUGCGUACAUGCUGACGGCCUGCGCCAUCUUCUCCAAGACCUGGAUUGAGGUGUCUGGCUCCAGCCCCCGCGACGUUGCCAAGCAGCUCAAGGACCAGGGCCUCGUGAUGGCGGGCCAUCGUGACCAGAGCAUGUACAAGGAGCUCAAGCGCAUCAUCCCGACCGCCGCCGCCUUUGGUGGUGCUUGCAUUGGUGCUCUGUCUGUGGCCAGCGACCUGAUGGGCGCUCUCGGCUCGGGUACCGGUACCCUUCUUGCCGUCACGAUCAUCUACGGUUACUUUGAGAUUGCCGCCAAGGAGGGCGACCUGUCCGGCAUGGGUGCUGUCAUGGGUUAA